UAUAAUCACUGCCCGCCAUUGUUACACAUCCCACCACAGAAUAUACGCUUUCGCGAUGACUCAUCAGCUUAGCUGCGUAACUGCGCCUGGCUGGGCGUUCUUCUAAUCAACACAAAACUGAAGCCAUACCCUUGCCUUUUCUUCGGAAAACAAUAUCGCGAACUCAUUAACCAACAUCUCUUUUGUUUUAUAUCCGAAACUCGUACCAGAAUGUCUGCAGAAGCUCCUCACCCCCGCGUCGGCGUCGCCGCCCUCAUUUACAACCGCGAAGGCAAGUUUCUCACUGGAAAGCGGAUAGGGAGUCACGGAGCCGGCACUCUUCAGUUACCAGGAGGUCAUCUCGAGUACGGCGAGAGCUUUCUCGCGUGCGCGGAGCGAGAAACCCUUGAAGAAACAGGUCUCAAGGUCAAGGCUCUUCAGCACGUUGCCACUACGAACGAUGUAUUUGAAACAGAGAAGAAGCACUACAUCACAAUUUUUGUGUCCUGCCAGAUGGUUAAUGAGAGCGACCAACCCCAGAUCCUUGAACCACAGAAGUGUGAGGGCUGGUACUGGAAGUCAUGGGAUGAUCUCAAGAAGAUUCAUGCUACGGAAAAGAACGGGGAGAAGUUGUUUUUGCCGCUCAUCAAUCUGUUGGCGCAGGGACAAACUGUGGAGGAUUUGAAGGUUAAGGUGUAGCCAAUAACUUCCCCCCCAGGGAGCAAAAGAACUUCUGCUGUUAAACCAAGGUACCAGAAAUACCUAAUCUAAGAUCCACUCAUUCUAUACUAGAUUAUAAUGACUUUACCCAAGUCUUUUUGUCACUCAGGAUAGAGGUCUCAAGUUUUCUUACUUUGCC